UAUAUAUAUAAAAAAGAAACAAUAAUUAAAAGUUUCUUAAGGUUGAAAAUUCGUUAUUUUAAAGUUUUUAAAAUAACGUUGAAAAUUCGACUCUUUCAUCAACCCAAGAAUUUCAUUUUUCGUAUUUAUAAGGUCCAAAUGCAAUUCAAUCACCAUAGCUUUGCUUCUUUUUCAGUGGGAGCAAAUUGGCCUAUUUGGCUGCAAACACACACACACCACAAUCACAAAAUCUGAGAUAUUCUCUUCUUUUCCUCCCUUUUUCGUUUGUCCAAUUUAUCGGAUUCUUCUAGAAGCUCGAAAAAGAUUCUGAAAUGCAGGAAUUCGACACCUUCAAAAUGAAAAAUAAGCUAAUUUUUCAAUAGAUUUCUGCGUGUUCAUCUCAAUUUUCCGACAAACCUGCGCCGAAACCCAGUUCGUGUUAUUGAUUUUUUCAUCUCUCCUUCAUGAAAACAAUGUCCACGCCAUUGCUGAUUAUCAUAAUCCCUUCUGUUGCAACCCUCAAAUUUCAAUCAAAAAUGCUUGCUUUCUGGUUUGCCCUCGCCACUCGCCCUCCUGGCCUCGACCCAUAAAUUCCUCUUCUUCUUUUUUCACUUUCCUUUCCGAUUUGUGUGAAAAGUUUCAAAUUUGUGCUGGAACUUCAGAUGUUCUUGACGCUCAGACACUCAUAAAUUAGUGGCUAAAGAUUAAUACUUUUUCGUGGCUUUAAUAGUUUUGGAGGGCUGUUUGACACACGAAGCAUGUGUUAUUUGUGGCAUGCUCUGUGCUGAUCUCUUGAAACGAAUAUCUUGAGAAUAUUAUAUUUCUUGAGGUAGAGAUUCGUAUUUCAAUUUAACUAGUAUUUAUCACAGUUAAAUUAUAGUGGGAUUAAAAGUCUUGUAGUAUGAUGCAUUGUGAGAAUCAGUAUGGUUUCAACAUUGAGUCUGAUGGUGGAGAGUUUGUGAAUCAAUUGUUGCAUAACUCAAGUAGGAAUGUUGAAAAUAGAAGCUGUUUGUUGAUGCCUGUUAAGCAGUCUUUGGUGUUGGAUGGUGAGAAGGGGGAGUUAGUGAAGGCUUCGGGGAGAAUGGGGAAGAGAAUUGGGGUUUCGGAGACGAAGACAGUAGAGGCUUUGAGGAGCCAUAGUGAGGCAGAGAGGAGGAGGAGGGAAAGAAUCAAUGCACAUUUGGAGAGCCUUCGGGGGCUGGUACCGAACAAUGAAAAGAUGGACAAAGCGACCCUACUAGCUGAAGUCAUCAGCCAAAUAAAACAGCUGAGGACAACCGCGUCACAAGCCAGCGAAGGCCUGCACAUCCCGAUAGACACGGAUGAAUUAAAAGUCGAAACACUUGAGAAUCAUACUGGUGAUGGCACGUUCUUGCUUAGGGCUUCGCUCUGCUGCGAACACUUGCCUGAUCUGCUGUCUGAUGUGAGGCAGGUGAUCAACAACCUUCCGAUUCGAGUGCUGAAGUCCGAGAUAUCUACGUUGGGAAGCAGGGUGAAGAUUGCGUUCUUGAUCACGACAGUUGAAGGGAACGAUUCUGUUAGGGAAUUUGUGGUCGGUUCAGUUCGUGCAGCUUUGAGCAAUGUUCUUGAGAAGGUGUCUGCAUUGGCGGAGUCUGCUGAGCAACUGUUUAUCCCUCGUAAGAGGCAGCGGGUUUCGUGUCUCGAUUCUUCAUCGUACUUGUUCGAGUGAGAGUUUGUUGCAGAUGAUGAUGUUGAAUGCAUCAUGAGUUUUAUGUUGUGUGAGUUUUCAUGGUUUGUGUCCCAACGUGGGAAAGUGAGCACUGAUUAGGCUUUGUGUAUAUUGAAGAAGGAUCUCCAAAAUAAUUCGAGGAAGUGCAAUUGCAAUGGUCGAAAAUGGGUUGGACUCGGGUAUGAGUUCGAUUCGUUUAAGAUAAGACCUUUGUCAUACAUCUUUAGUAUUCAGACAAUUAUGAAAUAUAAUCAUUGUGUUAUAACAA